UAGGUUCUUUCCUGAGAGAAAUAUCUUGACACAACUUUGAGGCUUAAUAGUACAAAUUCUUAAUACUUUAUAGUUUCUUAAGUUAACAUAAUUAUAUAGUUGUAUAUGCUGAAUUUCUCAGCCAUUUAUAGGGGCAUGUAAGAUGAUCCUCAAAAGAUUAUGAAGCUCUCAUUGAAAUGACCUGAAAUUUGGACAAGAUUUUAACGCAGAUCUCUUGCCAUUUUUGGUUUUGAGUUUAAUUAAAGUUAUACCUUUUAGAAGAGGAAAAGUUAAAUGCCAUAUUAAAAAGCUAAGGUGCCAUCACAAAAUUAUCAUCAACUUCAACGUGCGGGACAUGCGCAGAGUUGGUUAUCCAACGAGAAUCCAACAAGUGCGGCAUGGAAAUGUGGCUUGGUCUCUGGCAGUCAAACUUCGUGGCGUUUCGUCGUAUUGCCUCGUGUGUAUCGCUCGUAACGACACAAUUCCAGCCCCCAGAGCUGAGGAAUUUCAACACCACCACGCACACACAUUGCAGUGGCGCACGAGCCGAGGGACGUGGGGUAAUGGGGUUCGUUUUGGCGUCCUUUGGUUUAGCUGCUUGGCUCGACGGUUAGAAAAUUCAGUCACACCACGGCCAGCUCGCAGUCAGCUACAUAAAAGCAGGAGCCAACGAGCUGCGAUACCAGAGGUCCUUCGUCUGCAACUGACCACGAGAGCUGAGCAAAGAAGCAAAAGCCUAUAUAUAAUUUUUUUUUGUGCUGUUUGUACAACUGAAAAGACAUAAAUAUAGUGAUUGGCCAAGUGAAUAUUAUUGGUACACCAACGCCAUGUCAACAGAAUGCAAAACUCUGAUAGAAAACUAUCAUUAAUUUACGACUAAAAACAAACAAUAACUAGUGAAUUAAGCAAACACAAUCCAGGAUGUCGGACCAGCAGAAAGCCUCCCUCUGUCCCCGUCUGGUGGACUACAUGGCCAUAGUGGGUGCACACACGACGCCACCGAUGCCAAAAGGACUGCAGGGCCUCAAGGCCCCGCCAGUGCAGGUUCCCGAUCUGCUGCGUCGCUAUCCUCCAUCGGAUCAUGCCGAUUUCCCGCUGCCCCUGGACAUGGUGUACUUCUGCCAGCCAGAGGGAUGCACCAGCGUGGGUCCUCGACGCACUGGCUCCGCCAUUCGGGACAUGACCUCCUUUGUAUUCGCGUUGACCGACAAGGAUUCGGGCAAGACGCGCUAUGGCAUAUGCGUGAAUUUCUAUAGACCCAUAGAGCGACCCAGUGCGGUGGCUGGAUCAGCGGGAGCUGGCAAUGAUCGUCCGGGAAAUGGAGGACCCGGAGGACAUGCCGGCGGUGGAGGAGGUGGAGCAGGAGGCGGAGGAAGAGGCGGCAGACGAUCGUCAGCCUUCAGGCGGGAGUCGUGGCGGAAGAGCAUGGAGCGCAGUUCGGAUUCGGCAUUUAGCAGUUACGGCCUCUUAACUUCUUCUAGCGACUACAGAAGUAACGUAGCGCCUAGCGAUUCGGACCGUGAACUGACUUCUCGUCGAGAUUCGGACCAGCAGCGCCUGCACUCACACCAUGCGCACCAUCAACCGCACCACCCGUCGGCAGGUCCGGCGGUGCCUAAACUAGGUCUAAUGGCUCCCUCAGCGGACUCCGAGUCCGGCGGCAGUCAUUCUCCAUCACCGCGAGCCUCUCGCAAAAGAACGAAGCUGCGCAAUCAGUCGCUCACCUCGCUGUGCAUCAUCUCGCACCAUCCCUUCUUCACCACCUUCCGCGAAUGCCUCUUCAUCCUCAAGAAACUGAUCGAUGCCUGCAAUGAGUCUUCUUCACCGAAGCGGGUGGGCGCCUCCCAGAAGAUCAAUCGGGACAAUGUGUGGACGGUGCUGACGGGUCAUGUCAGUGAGGCCACGCCUUCGAUCGUUCUGCAUGAUGUGCGCGAAAUCGAGACCUGGAUCCUGCGACUCCUCUCCACGCCAGUUCCGGUGCCGGGAUCUACACGAGUCGAGGUGGAAGUGCUGUCGCCUACAGUGCAUGAGCCACUGCUGUUUGCCCUGCCUGACCACACUCGUUUCUCGUUGGUGGACUUCCCGCUUCAUCUUCCUCUAGAGCUGCUCGGCGUGGAGACAUGCUUAAAGGUCUGGACCCUGAUCAUGCAGGAAAACAAGGUGCUAUUCCAGUCACGCGACUACAAUGCCCUCUCCAUGUCGGUCAUGGCCUUUGUCACUAUGCUAUAUCCGCUGGAGUACAUGUUCCCAGUCAUCCCGCUGCUGCCCACUUGCCUAAGUUGCGCGGAGCAGCUUCUACUGGCACCCACGCCCUUUGUCAUCGGAGUGCCGGCCUCGUUCCUGGUUUACAAAAAGAACUUUAGACUCCCAGAUGACAUUUGGGUGGUGGACUUGGACUCCACCAAACUAACGCCACCGACUGGUGGCUAUGAAGAAAUACCACCGCUACCUGAGCCCGAGGGCACCAUUCUGAAGAACCACCUCAAGCAGGCUAUGCUAUUGAUGGAUGAAGCUGGACUUGGUGCACUUACCUCAAUGACGUCCACUAAUACGGCGGUGUCCUCGCAGCAACUUUUACCAUCGGUACGGGACAGUCUCCAGGAACCACCAUUGCUUGGGGUUUCUCAGGUGCGACUACCUCUACAGACGCCUCCACAUUCGGCGCAGGCCAGUCAAAGGAAUUCGAUGUCCGCUCAGGGUACGAUCAGUUCACGUCAACCAAGUCCAAUGAACUCACCAGCCCUUAAUCCCUUUGUCUACGGAACGGAUGUGGAUUCUGUGGACGUGGCCACGCGUGUGGCAAUGGUGCGAUUUUUCAAUGCCCAAAAUACAUUGGCCAAUUUCGCCGAGCACACACGCACUUUGCGGCUAUAUCCACGUCCAGUGGUAGCCUUCCAGAUCAAUAGUUUCCUACGAUCCCGACCAAGAGCCUCGCAGUUCCUGAAUCAAUUUGCCAGAACUCAGGCGGUGGAGUUUCUGGCUGAAUGGUCACUAACGCCCACGAAUGUGGCAUUCCUAAGGGUACAAACUGGGGUUAUGGAUCCCAUGCAAGUGGGUGAUAAGCCCAAGUGGUUUGCCCACGCCUUGACCCCCAUAAGAUUUUCGGUUUGGGACGAUGGCAGCUCACUGAAUGGCGCCCUAAGAUCACUGAAACAGCUCGAGUGUCAGCCAACGGACGAGAGUGGUUCUGAUUCAGAGGGAGCGGAUAGUAGCAGCUCAUCAUAUAGUUCCCUCAGUGAUUUUGUCUCGGAAAUGGCCUCCUCGGAUCUCUCGCCCAGCCUGCAUGAUGUCUUUGGGUCGUACAAUCGACCGCAUGUUGUUCCUCAGACUCUUUCCUCGAAUUUGGACCCAGCUUUGGUUUAUCAUCCGCCCAGCAAAUUGCAAUAUCCCGAGGGCAUUGCCGAUGCGGCGGCCAGCAAAGAGGAGGAGGAUGAAGAACGUGCUGAUAGCCCGGUUUCUUCAUCCUCCAGUCGCUCGGAUCUGAGUUCACCCAGCUUCAAUCGUGAUUCGGAGUUUGAUUUCCAGCCGAAGGGCGGACAAGCUCUGGGAUCGACGGCAGUUGGUGGAGCGGCUGCACCCAGUUUCGAGUUGGCCACACCGCUGGCCAUGCGGCUGGAGGCGACCAUUAAAAUGGCUAGCAUUGAACAGGAAUCGGAAACGGGAUCCACGGGAAAGAGUAUAGCCACUGGAUCAAAGCUUCAGAGGCAUCCCAGUGACUCCGAGAGGCCAGAGAAAAAGAUUCCGCCACCACUAACACCUCCGGUAAAACAGCCUGGUGUAAGCAACAUCCUGGCCCGAACUGGUAGUUCCGGUUCUAGUUCAAGCAGUCCUGGACGCCAGAGCUCCCAAAGCUCCCUAUUCGAGAACUUUGCCUCCCACGCCAAGGAAUUGGUGAGGGAAACAACGCGCCAGAGCAGCCAGGAGGGUCUCCUGGCCCAUGUGGAUAAGCAUGCGCUGGACGAAGAUCUUGACGACAAAAUGCGUCAUACCUUCGAAAAGUUUACGCUGCACGCCAAGAAGGCGGCCGGAGAGGCUUCGAAGCAGGCGUUGGAAGUGUCCAAGCAGGCGGCUGGGGUGAGCAAGAAUACACUCGAGGAUCUGACCUAUGUGGGCAAGUCAACACUGGGUGAUCUUACCAAGACGGCCAAGGAGGCGGCCACCAAGAAAGGCAUCAUUAAGAUUGAGGAGCAUUCGCCAGCGGUGGCAGUACCGCCACCAAAGUCACCCGGUUCCCAAUUGGCCACGCAUAAGCAGGUCCAGCAAAGUGGUGGAUCAGGAGGUGGCAAUAACUUCUUCUCCUCCAUUGGCACUGAUUUUAAUGGCUUAGCCUCUUCCACAUCCACCAUGUUCUCGGGCAUGUUUGGUAAAAAGAACCAACAAAAGCAGGCUCCUGUGCAACACAAGCCAGCUAGUGUAUCCUCUGGAAAGGGCAAGACAGGCAUCAAUUUCGAUCCCUUUCCUGGACGAAAGGGACUCGUGGAGCGGACUCCGUUGAUAAAGCAUUCGGGUCCAAGACAAACGCAAGAGGAGCUGACACGACAGCAAAACCAGGAGCGUUCGCACAGCAAUGCCGAGAACCAGACUUUCCUCAAGGAUGUGACUAACCAAGUGUUAGCUGGAGAAGGAGUCGGUUGGCUGAAGCUUAAUCGGUUCAAGAAGCUCAUGGAAGACGAGUCCUAUCGCACUCUGGUUCUCAGCAAACUCAAUAAGACGCUGGACAAGAAGAUUGCUCCAGAUGAUCAUAUCGACGAUGUGUGCGUGACGAAGCCCGUUUGGAAGGGCAUGCUUAAGUGCAUCCAGGCGAUAGCCGGCGGUUUGGAUGUGACCUUUGCCAAUUUCGGCCUUGGUGGCAUGGCCUCUGUCUUCCAAUUGAUGGAGGUAGCACACACACAUUACUGGAGCAAGGAGAUUAACGAGGGCAGUGACAUGUCCUCCAGUCUGCUAUCCAGUCACGCCGCCAGUCCAAUGGGCAGUCGUGAGAACCUGCGAUCGCCAAGCUCACCAAACGGUUCCCAUUCGGCUUUGGGCAGCGAAUGGGCAUCGCCACAGGAAUCAAGGAAGAGUUCUACCCAGUUACCACAUGGUGGUACGCAUUCGGGUGGACCGGUCAAUCGACGAUUGUCAUCGGCGGAUAGCCAGGAUGGUCAGUCCACCACGGAGAUGUUCAAGGAUAUGCUGUCGCAGAAGAGAAGUGCCUUGAAGAACAUGCUAACCUCGUUCGAUUCGGAUGCUGCUGGCUCCACGGGGGCGCUUUCCGUUGUCAGUCUGGGCGUCCGCUUGCCCUCCAGCUGCCGAUCCACGGUCUCAGACACCGAGUACGAAAAUACAACCACAUCGAAAGAUUCCAAAAAGAGCACUGGCAAUCUUUGGUCCGGAAAGUCAACGUUAAGUGCCGGAUUUCGUUAUACUGGCGGGCAUUUGAUCAACACUUCAUCUUCACCAUCGCCGGAUAGUCCGAGGGUGUAUCUCUUUGAAGGACUGCUGGGCAAGGAUCGUCUCAAUCUUUGGAACCAAAUGCAGUUCUGGGAGGAUGCUUUUCUGGAUGCUGUUAGCCAGGAACGAGAUAUGAUCGGAAUGGAUCAGGGUCCCAUUGAGAUGAUGGAGCGCUACAAGUCACUGAGUGAAUCGGAACGCAAGCGUCUUGAACACGACGAGGAUCGCUUGCUAUCCACCAUGCUCUACAACCUGACGGCCAUCCUGGUAAUGUUGAAUGUUACCAAAGAUGAGAUACGGCGUAAGAUACGCCGUCUUCUUGGCAAGAGUCAUAUUGGCUUGGUGUACUCCCAGGAGGUGCACAAUGUAGUCGAUCAGAUCAAUAAUCUGAACGGCAAUGAUAUAGACCUAAAGCCCUUAGGUUCGCGGCUGUUGCACCGCCAGAGCUUCACUGUCCACCAGGGCACGGAUGUCAAUGGACCUCUGCGAUUCAUGGAGGUGCGAGAUGAUGGCUUGGUACUUCGAUCUGUGGAUGGCACCAUUGUGGAGCGCUGGUGGUACGAGCGGCUGGUCAACAUGACCUACUCACCGAAGACCAAGCUACUUUGCCUGUGGCGCCGCAAUGGCGGUCAGACGCAAUUGCACAAAUACUAUACAAGAAAGUGUAAGGAACUGUACACUUGUAUCAAAGAGGCCAUGGAACGCGGUGGGACGCCCACCAAUGUGCCCGAGCUGGGCGGCGAGUUUCCCGUUCAGGACAUGAACACGGGCGAGGGCGGCCUGUUGCAGGUGUGCCUCGAGGGUGUCGGUUUGUUGUUCUCCAACAGCAAGGAUUUCGAGUUCUUCGUGCGUUUGGACCACAUCCGCAAGUGCUUCACCCAGAAGGGCGGCAUCUUUGUGCUGGAGGAGUACAAUCCCAAGACACGAAAUCUCAUCCAACGGAAGUAUCAGUCAAGCAUGUCCGAUCAGAUAUGCUACUCGGUGCUGUGCGUUUUCUCGUACGUGGCCGCCGGCCAAGAUCAGAAGAAGAAUCCGGUGGUUAUCACGCCGCAAAUCCAGGACAUCCAUGCCCAGCAAAAGCAGAAACACCAACAGCAGCAGCAGCAACAGCAGCAUCAGCCGAUACAGCAGCAGCAGCAGCAACAACAGCAACAGGCACAGCAGCAACAUCCGCCUGCUGGAGCUGCAGCAGCGGCAUCUUCAGCGCCCACAACCACUGCUCCAGCUGGUCAGUCCAAUCCCAAUCGAAUGGGGGGCAAAUCUGCGCCUGGCAACAUCACUAUACGCCACACGGUGCCCAUGCAGAAGCCCACCAUCACCAUGUCAACAGUGCAGCCGCAGGCCAGGAUGCCCGCCCAAGUGGCAACCGCUUCUGUUCCUGUUACGGUUCCGGUUCCUUCUCCCACACCUACUUCCGCCACAACCACCACCACCACUCCCAGUCCUGGCAAGCUGCCGCAAUUGCCACCACGUGUACCGUCGCAACCUUCCACAGAGAGCCUGGCUUCGAUCUCAUCACCGCCACCGAAGAUCAGGACUCCAAUGACAGCUCCACCUGGACCACCGCCGGCAAUACCGCCGCGCACUGGUGCCAUUGCCCGGAGCGGUUCGGUGCCGGCGGCCCGAUCCUUUGUCCGCCAGGCAUCGGCAAAUUCCACACCGCCGCAGUAUACGCCACAACCGCCGCCACCCUUUGUGAUCCCCAAACGGCACAGUGGACUGGCCAGGGCGUCCACUAUGUCGUCGUCAUCAUCAUCAUCGUCGGCAUCAGCGUCGUCCGCCUCCAAUCAUCCCGGCCAUUCGCAGUCGCAGCAGCGCGCCAGCCAUGGCAGCGUCGCCGCUGUGCUGCAAUCAAUGCCGGAGGCUGAGCCCGGUUACGGAUCCGGCUCCGGUUCGAUAUCCGGCUCCAGUUCCGGUUCCGGUUCGGCAUCGGGCUCCAUUGCCAGCGCUUCACCGCAGGCCCAUCGCAAGCACUGACGAAGGAGUUCGUUCUUUAAGUUUGGAGGAGGCGGCGGUGGUGGGGGCGGGUCCAAUCCAGGGGCAGGAGGCGGUGGUGGCGGACAGAUGGGGGAGGAGCCACAUCCACAUGCCCAUCGACGAGACGUCUGCCGCACCAUCUGCAUCCCCUGGCUGUGAUCCCGGCAGUCGACCGAAUAAAGCGGUUCAUCAUUCCAAAACGGGGCUUUCCGGAUUCAUGUAAUUACAUAAAAACUUAAAACUAACAACGUUUAUGCGCCUUAAGUAUGGCGAACUUCUUAAAACAUAAAACAUACUCGUAUUACAAAGGCAAAAUUCAAUGUUAGGAAGAAACCUUUUUUAAAAGCUUCAAAUUGCCAAUAGAAAGACAUUUUAGCAAAGGAAAUCUUAAAUUUAAAAUCUUACAAAUUAUUGAUUCUAAAUUUUGAAGACUUAAAUAUUUAAGAACUAAAAAUCUUAACAGAAAAAGGGUUGGAAAUGUUAAGUUUUCCAAUACAAAAGCCAACAACAAAACAAAUUAGACAAGAAAUUGUUACACUAAAAGAAGUUCGCCUAUACUUAAGAACACAAUCUUCCCAUAAACGUUUAAGGUUCACCUUAGAGUGAACCAAUGUUGUUAAGAAAAAGCUACGUUUUACUGUCAAGCUACGUUUUUGUAAAUAUAGAACGUCUACUAAUCAGUCAUACUAGUAGACCCAAAAACCAAAUUAUAGCCAAAGUUGCAGUAUUUUUUCUAUAUUCCAACACGGAUCCCGAAAGCCCCGCGACCAAUCAGUUAUGCUAUAUACACAUAUAUAUCUAUACUGUAUAGGAGUUGUAUUUACUGAACCUUACAUUAGCCAAAUCAUAUCAUUAACCGCCUCUAACUAAUCCCAUAGACGAAUUGUUUCCUGCUAAGCUUUAAGGCAGAAAGCGCCAAACAAAAAAAAACAAAAACUCGCUUAAACUUAUCUUUAAAGAUAACAAAUAUAUACAUAACAUAUAUAUAUAUAUAUAC